UGCCGAGUAUUUUCCAGCGCAGAGAGGAGCCCUCAGCUGAGAAGAAAGAGCUUCAUGAAGCAGGACAAGACAGAGGUCACCCCCUGCCCAGCCUACCACUAAUUUCAAGGACAGCCACAGGGUACCUACCUGCACUGACUGGCAGCUGCCACCAGCGACCUUGCCUCUGAGAACUGGGAGCACUGAAAAUGGCACCAUUCCUGGUUUUCACCCAGAACCACUGUUGGAUCCUGCUGUUGUUCAUCUCCCUGAGCCUUGCCCAGUAUGAACACUGGCCCUACCUCCCCGAGCCACCCCCACAAGUGUACCAGCCCCCUCAGAGAGCAGCAAAUGUCCCCAAGAUCCAGCUGCGCCUGGCGGGGCAGAAGAGGAAGCACAACGAGGGCAGGGUGGAGGUUUUCUACAGUGGGGAGUGGGGCACCAUCUGUGAUGAUGACUUCUCCAUCCAUGCUGCACAUGUGGUCUGCAGGGAGCUGGGCUACGUGGAGGCAGUGUCCUGGCUGCCAAGCUCCAAGUAUGGGAAAGGAGAAGGGAAAAUUUGGAUGGACAAUGUCCACUGCAAUGGCAAGGAGAGCACCCUGGCAGCAUGUACUUCCAAUGGCUGGGGAGUAAGUGACUGCAAACACACGGAGGACGUGGGAGUGGUCUGCAGUGAGAAGAGAAUCCCUGGCUUCAAGUUUGACAACUCCUUGCUUAACCAGAUAGAGAACAUGAACAUCCAGGUGGAGGACAUCAGGAUCCGUGCCAUCCUCGCCACCUACCGCAAGCGGGUCCCUGUCACGGAGGGCUACGUGGAGGUGAAGGAUGAAGGGACCUGGAAGCAGAUCUGUGACAAGCACUGGACCAUGAAAAAUUCCCGAGUGGUCUGUGGCAUGUUUGGAUUUCCCAGCGAGAGGAAAUACAACACCAAUGUCUACAAGAUGUUUGCCAGCAGGAGGAAGCAGCAUUACUGGGCUUACUCAAUGGACUGCAGUGGGAAUGAAGCUCACAUCUCCAGCUGCAAACUGGGCAAUCACCUGAACGUGGAUGCAGAGAAGAACGCCACGUGUGACAGCGGGAUGCCAGCCGUGGUCAGCUGUGUCCCUGGACGUGCCUUUGCCCCCAGCAGCCACAGUGGCUUCCGAAAAGCCUUCAGGCAGGAGCAACCACUGGUGAGGCUGAAAGGAGGAGCCAACACUGGGGAAGGACGAGUUGAAGUGCUGAAAAAUGGGGAGUGGGGGACAGUUUGUGAUGACAACUGGAACCUGGUGUCAGCCAGCGUGGUGUGCAGGGAGCUGGGCUUCGGCAGCGCCAAGGAGGCCAUCACAGGAGCAAGGCUUGGACAAGGGAUGGGUCCAAUCCAUCUGAAUGAAAUUGACUGCACAGGCUUUGAAAAGUCAGUCACAGACUGCAAGUUCAACACCGAGUCCCAGGGCUGUAACCAUGAGGAAGAUGCUGCUGUGAGAUGCAACGUUCCAGCCAUGGGUUUCCAGAACCAGCUGCGUCUGAGCGGCGGCCGCAGCCCCUUCGAGGGGCGGGUGGAGGUGCUGGCCGAGCGCAACGGGUCCCUGCGCUGGGGCACGGUCUGCAGCCAGGGCUGGAGCACGGUGGAGGCCAUGGUGGUGUGCAGGCAGCUGGGCCUGGGCUUUGCCAGCCACGCCUUCCAGGAAACCUGGUACUGGCACGGAGAUGUCAGUGCUGACAACGUGGUGAUGAGCGGGGUGAAGUGCUCGGGGACAGAGAUGUCCCUGUCCCACUGCCGGCACGACGGGGCCCACGUCUCCUGCCCCAGAGGAGGGGGCCGGUUUGGUGCUGGGGUGUCCUGCUCAGAGACUGCCCCUGACCUGGUGCUGAACGCCGAGCUGGUGGAGCAGACAGCCUACCUGGAGGACCGGCCCAUGUUCAUGUUGCAGUGUGCCCUGGAGGAGAACUGCUUGGCCAGCUCGGCCGCCAACACCUCCCUGACCUCGGGCUAUCGCCGCCUGCUCCGCUUCUCCUCCCAGAUCCACAACAACGGCCAGUCCGACUUCCGGCCCCGCAACGGCCGCCACGCCUGGGUCUGGCACGACUGCCACAGGCAUUACCACAGCAUGGAGGUUUUUACCCACUAUGAUCUCCUGAACCUCAAUGGGACCAAGGUGGCUGAAGGACACAAAGCCAGCUUCUGUCUGGAAGACACAGAAUGUGAAGCAGAUGUACAGAAACAGUACGAAUGUGCCAAUUUUGGAGAACAAGGAAUCACAGUGGGAUGCUGGGACGUCUAUCGGCACGACAUCGACUGCCAGUGGAUCGACAUCACUGAUGUCCCACCCGGGGAUUAUCUCUUCCAGGUGGUCAUCAACCCAAACUAUGAAGUUGCUGAAUCUGAUUAUUCCAAUAACGUGAUGAAGUGCAGGAGCCGGUACGACGGGCAGCGCAUCUGGAUGUACAACUGCCACAUAGGUGGUUCUUUCAGUGAGGAGACAGAGCAGAAGUUUGAUCACUUCAGUGGACUCACAAAUAACAAGGUGUCCACCCGAUAGAAGAGCCUCCCACCCCACUAUUUAAAGAAGCGAAGUUCCUGCUUCGGUGAUUCCCCUCAACCACUGCAAGAAAAUCAAGCAAACAAUCAAAACCCUAAGUUAGCAAGGUAAAUUAUUGUCUAAAGAUGCCUUCCUUCCCAGUUUAGGUGCUCAGACCACAUGUGUUGCUUUCAACUCCAGUCCCUCCUACUUGAGAUAGUCAGGAGCAGGCUCUGAAACUCUUACUUGGCUCCUUCAGCAUUCCAGCCUUCUCCAUAAAGGUUCCUCCCUCCACUUUGCAGUGCCAUCUCUAGUCCCAGAUGUAGGUCCAGGCUGCAGCAAGUCUUGGUUUGGCUGCCAACAACCUAGAUCUGUCUUGAUUUCCUUCAAGGCAUUAAUUCCUUCGAGGCAUUAAUUUUGGUAUCUUUAAGCUCUUAGAAGGCACCGUUGACGCCAACGCCUCCGUUGGUGACACUGCUUCUCCAGCACAGCCAAUCCUCACUGCUGCCAUCUCCUGACUCCAUUUUAGCCAAGAAAUACAGGAAAGGAACAAAAAAACCCAACCAAACACCACGAAUUGGAGCAGCUUUUUCUGAGCAGAAGAACAUAAAGCAUCAUUUAAUCCUGCAGCGAAAGUCUCGUCAACGCCCAACGCGUGCUCGGAAGCAGAGCAGAACUGUUUUCUAGGGGUGCAUCAGGGCCCUGUGGAGCUACAACUCCCUGGUCACACCUAGAACAUGUAGAAGAACAUCAUCUAGAAGCACACCUACCAUCGCUGCAGAUCUCCUGAUGAUGAGUCCACUGGGCUGUGAAUUUCCACUCCACGGGGAAGCUGCUCACCCAACAGAUCCCACGUCUAAAUACUCCCUUCCAAGCUGGAUAUUCCCUCUUCUCCUGAAAGGAUUCAUGUAAGUUCCAGCAUUUUGUCAUCACUGCACCUCGCAGAGGUAGCUUCAUGGCUUUCAUCCCCAGGGAUCUGGCUGCUGCCACAGACCCACCUGUGUCAAUUUGUCUGUCAAAGGCUUUUUUUUUGCCCCCUCAGUUCACCAUGGUGCUACGUGUGCCCCUCCGUUGCUUUGAGGCCACACAUUGCUGCACAUUUUCAGACACAGCUACUUGAAUAAAACAUGGUUUACCCAGAAAACCCACCUUUCAGAUGCCAGUUGUGUAUUUCUGUUCCAUGAAAACUGAGGGCCUUGUUCACAAUGCCUGGGUUUUUUUUUUUCUUCUCCCUCUGUGUUUGUAUGGAAGACUCCUACAAGCAGCUGGAGUUGAGUGACCAUUUCAACCCCCAGGGGGGACUGAAACUGGUUCCAUUUCACUUGUCCUCUCCACGACCUACCUCACAGGGGUGUUGUGAGGCUUCAGGAAUGCAGAAGUCCUUUGCUCAUGCCUGUCAUAGCUCUGUCAUUCAUCCAGUGGCCCAGAUGGUGGCAUCUAGGGAAGGUUUUCAGCCUGCUGGGAGCUGGGCAACUCCAUUUUGUUCUCAAGAUGCUGAACUAGGGUAGGAAGAGCAGAGCCUGAGAUGGGGUGAAACUGCCACAGGGGGUCUUGGAGCUUCUCUUUUAACACCACCAGGCUCAGAACUGGCAAGUUUGGGUUUUCAUUUCCUCAUCAGGAGGUGACAAGUUCCCUUGCAACAAGACAAGUCACAGAAAGAAGGAAAAACUCUGCAACUCAUUCCAAUCCUUGUCAGUUUUGUGGGAUAUUUGAACAGUAACAUGAACAACAAAAUGAACAUUCAACAGAUUUAUU